CUCCUCCUUUCCUUCGCCUUCCCUCUUCUCUCUCUCUUAAAGACGCGCUCUGUCUCUCUCUAAGGUCUCAGGACUUUUGCUGUGGUUCUGGUACCUGCGCAAGACACACUCAUCUUCUGAAGGAUGGCCGGGACUCACGCUGUGCUGCUCACACUGCUGCCCACCGUCCUCGUGCUGAUUGUGUUGGCCGGAGUUGAAAGUGCAGCUGUUAAAGAUGUAAAAGACAAAGCUCAAGCAGGAACAUCUAAACGAGUUUUCAUGCCAGCAUCUGAUGCCUCAAACUUUUUCAAACGCCGCGGUCGCAGAUCCCCAACAACUUAUGAAGAGUACUAUGCGGAGCAGAGGGUGAAGAUGUCUGCAAACGAGCGAAGGAGAGAGCAUUUAGAGGAACAAAACAACGAAUACGAGAACUAUUUAGAGGAGGAGCGCGACGAACAGUACGAGAGGACCAGAGAGAAGAACGAGCAGUGGAGAGAAUUCCACUACGAUGGGCAAUACCCACGAUACCCUCACCACCGCCAGUACGCUUGAGCGCAUAAGACCGUGUGAAAUGAGUGGAUAACCAUCAUUUGAGGGAUACUUUCAUGACAUAAUAUAAUAAGUACUCGAAACAUUUAAGCACUUACAGAUUUAAAGCUUUUAAUACGUGUAAAAAUAAAAGGGUUUGUGUGUUUGGA